UCGAAACUCCUGUCAUCCAACUCCGCAGAUCUGCCGGCCAAGCGCCGAGGCGCAACUCCAACUCUGAAUUCUCCCCCUCUCCACUUUCCCAAAACCACCAUAAAACAGCUUCCCCCAGGCUUCCGCGUUGUCUCCGAUCCCCGCCUCCCAGUCAUGGAUCCGGUGCCGCAGUCCCACCCCAUCCUCUCCUACGUCCUCUCCCGCCUUCCCGCCGCGCUCGCCAAGCCCAAACCCACCCCCGGAGGCGAUUUCGACAUCGAGCAGCCGCCCGUGGAGACGCCGUCCCCGCGGACGCCCUCCUCCGUCGGCGAGUUCGAGCUCGUCGAGCGGAUGCCGGGGCUUCGCCACGCCUCCGUCCUCCGCGCCAUGACCCGCGCCGUCGCCGACGUAUCCGCCGCUCGCUCCGCGCUCCAGGAACUGGGCCCGCGCCCCGACCACGAGCUCGUUGACUCCUCCCGCGCCCUCAUCGCCGCCGCCGACGCUGGCGACGGCGCUUCGCGGAUCUCCGAGGAGGACCUCGAGGCGUGCCGCAUGGUGGUGAAGCUCGAGGAGACCCACGACGCGUACGAGACGCUGCUGCACGAGGCGGAGGGCAGGCUCGAGAAGGUGUACCGGUCGGCGAUGGAGGGGAGGGACCUGGAGGAGGCCGAGGAGAAGGAUGAACCGGCGGUGGGUGCUAAGGAAGGGGAUGUGGUGGUGCAGGAGGAAGUCGUCGCCGUGCUGAAGCAGGCCGAGGAUGGCAAGGCGGUGGACAGCGUCCGCCUCGUGGAUCGGCAGCUGCGUUUCCUGCCCGAGGCGUUCGGAAGGAUACAGGGGCUCCGCGUGCUCGACGUCUCACACAACCAGCUUGAGGUUAUUCCAGAUGCUAUAGGAAGGCUUGAUCAUCUUGAAGAGCUCCUUCUCGCUUCUAAUGCCUUGGUUUCUCUUCCUGAUUCUGUUGGAUUACUAUCUAAUCUGAAGAUUUUGAAUGUGUCAAGCAACAAGCUGAGAACACUGCCAGACAGCAUCUCAAAGUGCAGGUCGCUAGUUGAGCUUGAUGCAAGCUACAAUGGGCUCACUUAUCUGCCAACAAAUAUUGGCUACGAGCUGGUAAAUUUGCGAAAGCUCUGGGUCCAUAUGAACAAAUUGAGAUCUUUUCCAUCAUCUAUCUGUGAGAUGCAAUCACUAUACCUCCUGGAUGCACAUUUCAAUGAACUAUGCGGUCUUCCAUCUGCCAUAGGGAAGCUUUCAAGUCUUGAAAUUCUCAACCUAAGCAGCAACUUUAGUGACAUGAAGGAGCUCCCUUUUUCGUUCGGCGACCUGCUGAAGUUGCGCGAGCUUGACCUCAGCAACAACCAGAUCCAUGCGCUUCCUGACAGUUUUGGCCGGCUCGAUAGACUUGAGAAGCUUAACCUGGAGCAGAACCCUCUGGCAAUGCCACCAUCAGACAUCGUGAACAAAGGCGUUGAUGCGGUGAAAGAAUAUAUGUCAAAGAGGUGGCUUGAUGCAUUGCUCGAAGAAGAACAGAAGAGCAUGGCUGCAGCAGCAGCAGAGAGUCCACAAGCGUCCACUCCCAAGGCUUGGCUGGCGCGCAGCGUCUCCUGGGUCUCUGACGUUUCUGGGAGCGUUGUGGGCUACGUCAGUGGUCACAACAAGCCAGAAAAAGACGCAUACCUGGACCAGCAGUUCUGAGAGUCCCAGUUUGCAUGGUGAUUGAGCAUCAUAUAUGUACAUACCAACUUUACGAAACUCUUGACCUGGAAUUCUGGAAAUCACUGCGUUCAUGGUGACUCGAGGAGAUGCAUACACCUUGUACUGCCUUACAAAUCACAACCACUGUCCUCGGAGGCAGGCUUGGCUGUUUUUAUUUUCUCAUUUUUACUUCAUUUGUGGGUCAUUUCCAGAAAAGGUCUCACUUGUUAUCUCAGUCCGGUUACUUUGUUGAAUAAUAAAGCUGAAACUCGCAGACCUUAACGUGUACCAACACAUUUUAUGAGUUUAUCCGCUUCUUUGCAA